AUGUUCUUCCUCAAAUACCUCACGCACAAGACGGAGUUGCAUCCGUCGUACUUCGGCCCGUCCAUGGUGGAGUUUCUGAACCAAAAGCUUCGCGACGACGUCGAAGGAACAUGCACGGGCAAAUACGGAUACAUCAUCAAGGUGGUCGGAAUGAUCGACGUUGGACAGGGCAAAGUCAUUCCCGGCUCUGGAUUGGCAGAGUUCAAUAGCACCUACCAAGCAGUCGUGCUGAAACCGUUCAAGGGCGAAGUCAUGGAUGCCAAGAUUACGAAUGUCAACAAGAUGGGCUUCUUCGCAGAGGUCGGUCCGCUGAAUAUCUUUGUCAGCUCCCAUCUGAUACCCAUCGAGUACAAGUUCCAGCCAGAAGCAAACCCGCCCGAGUUUGUAAGCGCCGCAGAUCGACUCGUCAAGGGCAGGAAAGUCAGGAUCAAAAUCGUGGGAACGAGAGUGGAUGCAAACGAAAUCUUCGCCAUCGGCACCAUGAAGGAAGACUACCUCGGUCCGUUCGAUUAG